UCGGUGAUCAGUUUGCCCUCAAAACUACUUAUUCUCCUGUUGAUAUUCUUCGGUUUCAUGUGUGUAAUCUACUUGGUGGUCAUAAAAUCAGAUGAACAUGUCCCAAUAUGUGUCCUCAACUAUACAUCGGUCCUUGAUAAUCAGUUCAAAGAGAUAGGCUGUUAUCGACUCAAAUAUGAACAGGUUGGUCGUCUACAGCCAUCUCUGAAUCUACUAACUUGGCCACAGUUGGAAGCCAAAUAUGCAUCUUCUCAGCCAAGAGAUUACAUUGUGCUCAAUAACUCAGCAGAAAAUUCCGAUCUAAAACCUUUAUUUGGAUCACUUUACACUAGAUAUGAUGCAGCAUUAGCAAACGCUACAAAUGAAAACGUAUCAAAUGAAAAUAAUGAAAGUGAAAAAGUCACCGAAAAGCAAGGUUUGCCUAAAAUAUGGACUCCAAUGGGUUGUUCUACUAGUAUGUCAUCAGCUAUAAUCAUUCCAUAUCGUAAUCGAGAUGAACACCUACGCAUUGUAACAAAUCAUCUACAUGCGUUUAUAAGGCAUCAAAAAAUACCAUAUACCAUUUUCGUGAUUGAACAGACCGGAGAAACUAAAUUUAACCGUGGUGCUCUUUUAAAUGCUGGGUUUCUUGAGGUUUCAAAGUUGCAGGAGUAUAGCUGUUUCAUUUUACACGAUGUGGACAAACUGCCUGAAGAUGACCGUAUUACUUAUACGUGUAAUUCACGUCCGACGCACUUUUCCUCUGCACUUAGUCAGAACGCUUACAAAGUACUGUAUAGGGACUUUUUCGGUGGUGUUGUGGGAUUUACUCGUCAACAGUUUCUGGAAAUAAAUGGAUUUUCAAACCUAUAUGAAGGAUGGGGUGGUGAGGAUGAUGAUUUAUUGACUCGAGUUAGUCAAACCAAAAACGGGGUAUUUCGAAUCGGCCCAGAUAUUGGUCGUUAUUAUACACUGAGUCAUGCCACUGAUAAGUUGAAUGAAGUCAAUCCAGACCGCUUUACAUUAUUAAAGCACGCAUCUACACGUAUUAAAAGUGACGGACUGAAUACCUUGAACUACAGUGUUAUCUCCUCACAAACUAUGUACAACGGUUUACUUCAUUGGAUUGCCGUGGAUAUACCAUCAGUGAGGAAGAGUCAUUCAUAG